ACAAAGUUGUCUAUCAUUUUAAUUUUUGUAUUGAUUAACUUAACAUUUUAGAUCAUGGAGUAUCAAGACGUAUCUUUUAACAUUGACCAUGGUUACCUUGAGGGUAUGGUCAGAGGUCUAAAAUCUGGUAUCUUAAAACAAGGCGACUAUUUAAAUCUUGUCCAGUGUGAAACGUUGGAGGAUCUAAAAUUGCAUCUACAGAGUACAGACUAUGGAAACUUUCUGGCCAAUGAACCUAGUCCUCUGUCAGUGUCAACAAUUGAUGAUAAGUUGAAGGAGAAAAUGGUGAUUGAGUUUAACCAUAUGAGGAACCAUUGUUUUGAACCAUUGGCAACAUUCCUUGAUUAUAUCACGUACAGUUAUAUGAUUGACAACAUAAUUCUGCUGAUAACAGGGACAUUACGUCAACGGCCAAUCAAUGAAUUGAUCCCAAAAUGUCAUCCCCUAGGUAGUUUUGAACAGAUGGAGGCAAUUCACAUUGCCACAACCCCUGCUGAACUUUACAAUGCUGUGCUUGUGGACACACCUCUAGCUCCAUAUUUCAUGGAUUGUAUCUCUGAACAAGAUCUGGAUGAAUUACAUAUUGAAAUCAUCAGAAACACCCUGUACAAGGCAUAUUUGGAAGAUUUUCACCAGUUCUGUCAGCAGUUAGGGGGAGCUACAGCAGAGGCUAUGUGUGAAGCACUGGCAUUUGAGGCUGACAGGAGAGCGUUUAUUAUAACAAUCAAUUCAUUCGGAACUGAAUUAUCAAAGGAAGAUCGUGCCAAACUGUAUCCAAGGUGCGGAAAACUGUAUCCUGAUGGUCUUACCUUACUAGGCCGGGCUGAUGAUCAAGAUCAAGUUCGAGCUGUCGCUGAAUACUAUGGGGAAUACAAAGAGAUGUUUGAUGGUGCCGGGAACAAUCCAGGGGACAAAACUCUUGAAGACAAAUUUUUUGAACAUGAGGUGAAGCUGAUGAAGAAUUCAUUCAUGAUGCAGUUUCAGUUCGGAGUAUUCUACGCAUACGUCAAGUUGAAGGAGCAGGAAAAUCGCAACAUAGUCUGGAUCGCAGAGUGUGUCGCACAGAGGCAUCGUGCCAAAAUUGACAGUUAUAUUCCUAUAUUCUAGCGCAUUAUCCUAGCAGUGAAAUU